AACAAAUCAAUCACUUAGGGGUCGUUUGGAUGGAGUAUUUGUAUGAGUUAUUUGGGUUCAAAUAACUCGUUUGGCAGCGUUUUACUGAAAUGAGUUAUCUGGACAGUGAGUUAUUUACAAAUAACUCAAAACGAGUUAUUUGAAAUAACUUAUACCCAUGUGUUAUUUCGAAAUAACUCAUUUUUAUCACUCUGCUUUUACCAAAUACCACAUUUGCAUGGUUCAACCAAACGAGAUACUUUAUUUCAAUUACCAUUGAAAUAACACUGAAAUACCACAUAAAGAAUAAAUGAGUUAUUUGACUCUACAAAUACCACAUUGACAAUUAACCCAUCCAAACGACCCCUUAACUUUGUCAUCAUGAAACAAACUCACUACUAAAAUUCAGACUUAUCUAAUGUAUUCACACACCAAUGUGCAAGUUCGCCUAAAGUAACUAAGGAAAUGUUCAAAUGAGAUGCUCAAUAGUUAAUAUUUUACACGAGGUAAACAAUAUUCAAGAGGUAUAUUGAAAAUUGACUACACACAACUACCGUUUGAACGAAUUAGUGAAGAUCAAACUUAAGCUACCGAUUUGUUAGCUACAAUAAAAUUUUGUGGUUAUUGCUAUAAUGAACUUUGAAUUAUUUGUGACAACAACCCUUAUGCAAUUUUUUCCAACCAACAUCAGCAUCAAAAUCAAAUCAAAUCAAAUUUCCAUUGAGCCAGAAAAUUAGCUCAUAUUGCAGAACUUGGUCCACGUGUGGAUGUGCUAUCUACUAGCUUGGCCCAAUCAAAGCCGUAAUUAUCCAAACCAAUACAAUAUUAAGGAAUUUUUUCAACUCAAAGUGCCCUUCGUUUUCCAAGUUAUAUUGGCUCUAGAAUUUGGUAAGUGGAACUUUUUAAUUGGAUGUGAAUCUAAGUUAGCUUUCAUUCACAAUCAAUCGAGCUUUAGAAAGGUUUCCACCAAAUGUAUAAUGCUUAGCAGUACGUAAAAUCAUUAGAUCAACAACAUAAAUAAUGAAAUUCAAAUAAGAGUGUGAAUGUUCUCAACGGUAAAAUAUUUUGUUUUGAAAUCGUAAUUCAACCGUUUCCAUACCACUCAAAUCGAUUACCAACUCAGACUCCAACAAAAUUUUUUUUUUUCCAGUCGAACCGGUGGUACGUUACCGGUUUGCAAACACGGGUCUUGAGUGUUUAUGCAACUUUCAAAGAAAAUCAAAUUUGGUAUUGGGCUGAGUUUGAAACCAAAUCUGCGGCAAGAAGUGUCAAAGCCCAAAUCGAUCUUCAAGCGAUACGGGCUGAAGCCCACCCAAACGGACCCAACAAAAAUAAGCACACGCUAAAUGCUCAUGGACACGACCGCAGCUUAUUAUUAUUUCGGAGAAGACUACGGACUUCCGAGCCUGCGAUUUGCUUCACUCCACUCCCGUUCAGUUCUGCUUUAUUCUCAUCUCCGAUCUUCCCAUCACCAAGGAAAAUGGCGGCCACGCUCUUCCGUCGGCUGGCGAGAGCCGCCGUCCCUACUGCUGCCUCUCCUGGCGGAGGAUCAGGAGGAGGAGGAGGCUAUUCCCGGUCAAUGUUCAGUAGGUUUGGUUUCCCCCUCGGCGCGAUUGCGGCCGUUUCUGGAAUCUCAUACAUCGGCAGUGGCGACGCUUCUCCUUCGUUGACGCUUCAUGGAUUGGUUCACCUGGAGGAAGCGAAAGAAGAGGAUGGUCCGAAAGUUGCUCUCGAUCCGAAGAAAUGGACUGAAUUCAAGCUUCAAGACACUGCAACUGUUAGUCACAAUACUCAUCUGUACAGGUUUACUUUUGAUCCUUCUAAGGAGCUUGGUUUGCAUGUUGCUUCGUGCCUCCUUACAAGGUAUCCAGAGACGAGUGCUGAUGGAAAAACUAAAUAUGUAAUACGCCCGUACACUCCCAUAUCAGAUCCAGCUGUUAAGGGACACUUUGACCUAUUAAUCAAGACUUAUCCUGACGGGAAAAUGAGUCAGUAUCUGGCCAGCUUGAAGCCUGGUGAUGUUAUUGAGGUGAAAGGGCCAAUUGGGAAAAUCAGAUACUCACCCAAUAUGAAGAAACACAUUGGCAUGAUUGCAGGCGGUACAGGAAUUACACCAAUGCUUCAAGUAAUUGAGGAAAUCCUAAAGAAUCCAGAUGAUAACACCCAGGUGUCACUGCUUUAUGCCAAUGUCUCCCCUGAUGACAUAUUGCUCAAGCAAAAGCUCGACUACCUAGCUACUCGCCAUCCGAACUUGAAGAUUUUCUACACUGUGGACAAUCCAACCAAGAGCUGGAAGGGAGGCGUAGGUUACGUAUCAAAGGACAUGGCUCUGAAAGGCCUGCCUGCUCCUGGGGAUGACACAAUCAUCCUAGUAUGCGGCCCUACUGGGAUGAUGAAGCAGAUUUCAGGCGAGAAGGCGAAAGCGGAACAAGGAGAGUUGAGUGGCAUCCUCAAAGAACUGGGAUACACAGAGGAAAUGGUGUACAAGUUCUAGUGAUCUCAAGACACUACAGCUUACAAGAUCCAAACAAAGCACCCACCGAUCUGCAAUCUCCAUCUUGCUGACUUUCCAGCUCAGUAUUCUUUCUAUUGUUUUUGCAUAUCUGAGAGGCAGAGAUGGAAGUGGAUAAAAGAACCACAAGUUUCGUGAGGCUAGAAUAAUUCUCGAGACGGUUUCUUCCGGUCCAAGAAACCGUAGAACUUCUGCUUAGGUCGAUUAGGAGAGUGAGUGUCUUCUGGUUAGUUCUAUACAAGCAGAUUGGUAGUUGUGAUAGAGUAGUAUCUAUCACAAACACUUGACGAAAUUCCCCCUGCUUAUGCAAUCUUAAGUAUGUUUAAUACCUCGAGAAAGAAUUAUUACGUUAAUUUGCUGUUUUUGUUCGUUCAUUUGAGCGAGAUUUACAAUUGAGAAACUACUCCCCGUGCGUGGACAGUUGUGGUUUGGAAGAAUAAGUGGUGAGUUCGUGG